CUGGCCGAUCCACUUUGAGUUCACACGCGCUUUAACUCUCGCUUUCUACGCUCCCAAAAAAUAACCGCAAAAAUGUUCAAAAUCCUUCCUCUUUUCGUCCUGGCCGUGGUGGUCGCCAGUUGUCAUGCUCUGCCCGUGGAACCCGAACGCGAGCCAGUGGCCAUCCUGAAGUCCGAGACCAACAAGAGAGUGGAUGGCAGCUAUGAUUCCGUGUACGAGGCGGCAGAUGGAACCAAGCGCCAAGAGCAGGCUUCUGUGGUGGACGAGGGCACCGACGAGGAGGCUCUGGAGGUGAAGGGCUCCUACAAGUACAUCAACGACCUCGGCGAGGAAGUGGAGGUCUUCUACACGGCGGGAAAGAACGGAUUCGUCCCCUACGGCUCGAUUAUCAACCCGGAAAUCACAGCCGUGGCCGAGGCAGCCAAGGAUCUGCCCAAGCCGGUUAAGGCGCAGAAGCUUGAUCAUUAGGAUGUGUUUUCAAAGGAGAUCUCGUAGAACUUAAUUCAUAAGAUUGAUUAUAAAAAGAGCCAGCGCGUUGUAACUGGGCAAUAACCAAAAUAAAAGUCAACACCAUUGCGAUGAAA